UCAAGCUUUCAGUUUCAGGUACCAAUGUGCCACACAUUGCAAGACUCAGUGCGUCAAGGCUUUAAACUUUCUCUCGUGUGACAGUGUUUCCAGCGGAGUAUCUCACAGCGGAGUAUCAGGGUGUGGUACUCAGUGGAUUUACCUGACGGUAAUGGGCGGUUGCGAUUGACAGAUUGCGAAACUCCAGGAGGAUCCAGGAACUGUAGUCGGACUGGUCGAAAAGACGUUCACAAAUGUCAACUAUAUCGUCUAUACUACAACACAUCAGAGCCGAAAGAAGUUAAUGUAUAUUAACGAAUGAAUCAUGGCCAUACGGUAGCAAAGAGUGGAAACAGAGCACAAGCAGACAGUUCCAGCAAAGGUUUCUAUGGUGUUGGAAUAAUGUAGUGGCUUACAAGGUUGGAUUUAUCACCAAAACGCCGACAAACGAUACAGAAAACAGAAAUGACAAAGCUAUUGAUCACAGUACUGACCAGCUUGGUUGUUGUCCUUGGCAUGUUGCCCACAGCUCAUGCAGAUUUUUCAAAUGCGGUUGUCCAGCACGAGUCUGCAGAUCAACUGAUGAGGGUUAGAGGGCUGAAGGAACGUUGGGGGCAGGUUGAAGUACGCAAUUCCUCAGCGGAUCCCACAUGGUAUCCCGUGUGCUACAAUUGGAGCGUGUUUUUUGUAGACAUUGAACAGAAGAUUGCCAACUGGAUUUGCCAGACUAGACUUGGGCUGGCCGUGUCAUACGCCGAAGUAGUGUAUGGUCAGCCUCUAUCCCCAGACACACCAUCUAUGAAAGCGGAAUGUCCAAACAAGACAGAUUGUACUUUCAGCCUCGAGUCAGAGUGCAAAACAAACUCCACUAUAUUUAUCUAUUGCCCAGCCCCAGAAUCACGUGAUCUAAGUUUACGUCUAACGGGGGGACCGGACGAGAGACGUGGAAGACUGGAGAUCAUGAAGAAUGGAGAAUGGGGCUCUGUCUGUGGAGACAUUUUUAGUGAAAUGUAUGCCAAAGUUGCAUGCAGGCAAAUGGGAUUUGACGAGUCACUGGCUCACUUGUAUUAUCUUGAUGAAAUGGCUGCCAGAAACACAAUCCUUUCACUGUUUGGAUGCUUAGGCAACGAGUCCCGUCUUAUAGAUUGUCGCCACUUGUUCUUCGGUGUUCUUUUGAAUACCUGUGAAAAGAGCGCUGGCGUGGAAUGUAGACGAAGUGAUGAUUAUUCUCUGAGACUCUCGGAUAGCAAAAACUUUACGGCGUCGAAUGGCCGUCUUGAUUUGAAGAUUGCCGGACAGUGGAAAGCUGUGUGUGGGAUGAUUCCUGAGUGGACAAUCAAGGUUGCUUGCCGGGAAAUGGGACUGCCUACAUCUUCCGCUCGAAUGGUGCCCACAUCCAUCAAGUAUCCGUCUGAGAAUAUUUCCAUUGCCACAGAGGAUUUCCGCUGUCGAGGAUACGAGAGUAGCAUUACGCAGUGUCGAGUAAAUCAUGGACACGACGAUUGUAAUGAGACAUUUGGAAUUGUGUGCUCAGGUGAUCCAGGUUAUCCGGUGCGGCUCGUGGGAGGUGACAACAGUACGGGCCGACUGGAGGUCGAAAUAUCAGGCAUCUGGGGCACAGUAUGCAAUAAAACAUUUGAUUUUUGGAUGGCCAAAGUUACUUGCAGAGCACUAGGUUUUAACAAGACAGUGCCUCUUCUCUGGCCCAAUAAAGACUUCGGUCAGGCGCCCCCGGAGCAGCCGGCGUGGCUCCUUUCCAAGACGUGUUUUGGGCAUGAAGACUCGUUAAAGAAUUGUUUUAACGGUAUAGGGCACAAGGACCAGUGCACACAUGAAACAGAUGUAGUCAUCUCGUGUAAAAGUCUUGACGAAAUUGACAUGCCUAUACGUUUGGUGGGGGGACCAGACAAUACAACUGGGCGACUGGAGCUUUUCCAUGAUGGUCAAUGGGGGACAGUAUGCAGUGAUCUCUUUGGUUACAAGUCUGCUAAAGUAGCCUGCCGACAACUGGACCUGCCAUAUAAAGGCGCCAUAAUAACUAAGCAUGUACCAAUAAGUGAUCCAGCAACGGGCCCUGUUUGGUUGGAUAAGUUACAAUGUAGAGGUGAAGAGUCACAUAUUAUUCAGUGCCGCCACACCAUUAUGCCAAGUUGUGAUCACUCCAAAGAUGUGGUUUUAAAAUGUCAAGAUUACAUUGAUAUCUGGAACAAAUAUACUAAGAUUCGGCCAAAGACUUCAACCCUGUCGACCGUUACUGACAAUCUAAAGCCAAAGAAGAAAUCUGAAUCCAGUGCAGUAAGCGGAUCAUAUAUUGGAAGUGGAGUUGCAUCAGCAAUCGGGGCCAUACUCAUGGCAGUUGGGGGAUGCUGCGCGAAAAGCAAAUGGGACAAACGAGCUAACUCUGCAGGAGGGAACGAAAAUGGAGUUGCUGCUGCCCAGUAUAUGCCAGGUAACGCCAACUCGUCAGUUGAAACCCCAGUCGAAGGUGUGACCCUUAUAUCUAAUGACCAAAACAAGACUUCAGCUCCCCCGCCCUCUUACUCAGACCUGUUUGGAAAAGAAGGAGAUUCCAGAACUACGCACAUGUGAUUUAUCUGUUAAUGAAAUUUAACCGGUGAUGCUUGUGGUCAGCUCUACAAGGUUUAUGUGGCAGUCUUGUCACCCCGAGAGCUAUUACAAAGAUAGCUCUGUGGUAUUGAACCCUGGUAGAGAACUCGAAGUGUUUUGUCAACCAUUGGUAACUGUGUGUGUCUGUCUGUUUGUUUGUUUUAGUUCAUACCCAUUGACCAAUAUGUGUCAAAUGUUUAUUGUUGUAAUGGUUGGCCUCAGCCUCCCCCACCCACCCCCACAUCCACUCCGUCCACAUCUUUUUAAACUCUCUUUUGCUCAAACUCUUUUAGCCAGAUUUACCAAACCCAUGCCACCUGUACACUAGGGCAUUGAAAAAAAAAUAAUUUUUGGUGACUUAUAUUUUGUGGACAUUGUUGGGCCUGGGCCUGUGACUGGGCCUGUGUCUGGGCCUGUGACUGGGCCUGUGUCUGGGCCUGUGACUG